AUGUUGACAUUUUAUCUAUGAUUUCGUAUGUGCGCGAGCGCGACGCGCAACGCCAUCCCUAAAAUUAUAGUUACUUUUCAUUGCAAAAUCACUCAUUUAUUUAUUUUUACUUUACAUCUGGUUUCAUCCCAUUGUUGUAUAUAUCUUCUAGUACUGCAAGGGCAAAAUGACUGACAUAGGGGAUGAUAAAAACACCGACCGUGUUUAUGGUGGUUGUGAGGGGCCGGAUGCUAUGUACGUAAAGCUGAUUUCUUCCGAUGGACACGAAUUUAUAGUUAAAAGGGAACAUGCCUUAACUUCUGGUACUAUCAAGGCUAUGCUAAGUGGGCCUGGCCAGUUUGCUGAGAAUGAAGCCAAUGAAGUGAAUUUCAGGGAAAUUCCGUCUCAUGUAUUACAGAAGGUCUGUAUGUAUUUCACCUAUAAAGUACGUUAUACAAACAGCUCUACUGAGAUUCCGGAAUUUCCUAUUGCUCCUGAAAUUGCUCUGGAGCUUCUGAUGGCAGCAAAUUUCUUAGAUUGUUGAAAAAAGUAAACGAUGUGAUUAUUUUCAAAGCAAAACAAAGGCUGUAUGCAGUAUCUAUGAUAGUAGAAUUGUGAGACUAAUUCACUGAAUUGCAUGCUUUAUGUCUUAAAAGAUUACCAUAAUGAAGUUAUUAAUUGAUAUAGGAGUCCAUCUUACAAAGGUGCUAUAAUUUUUGGGUGAAUGUUCUUGUCUAUAUUAAUUUUGCAGUUUAUAAAUGAACAUGUAAUUUUAUGUUUUUAGCUCUAUAUUAAUCAAUUGUCACUCCUGUUUGGUAAGUUGGGAAUUCAAGUCUUCAUAUUGAUUAUAUAAUAACUUCAUGAGGUUCAAUAUUUUAUGAUAAUCAAGCCUUGAUAUUCAACUUUUAAUAAUCGAAGUAAUGAUAAUUUUUUUGUGCCUCUGCAUGCAGUCAUAGACCUCAGUCCAUAAUUUAUGCAUAGAUACUCUGUUCUACCAUUAUUUAUGUUUUAUUUUCUCCUAACUGUAUAAAUGAUCUUAUUAUAGAGUACCUCUCAAGUCCACACAUAUUUUCAUUUGUAAAUGUUAAAUAAACCAAUUUUUGUUAUUCUUUUAGAUGUUAAUUUAAUUUCUUUACAUAGGUAAUUUCGAAAAGAAUCAUCUAAUUUGAAUACCCUAGAUUGAAUUAUGUGACUGAUUGUGUUCAUAUCACUAUUAGUAUUGUGUGAUAUCAUCUGUAUUUUCAUAGGAAUUAUGGUUUUUGUUGUAACUGACAAGUCUCAAAGUUUCAUGCUUUGCAGAACAUUUAUAUCAUUAAAUUUUUUAAUAAUAAAAUUCACUUCCAAUA